AUGGUCCACCCACACGAACCUGAAUUCUUACAAGCACACAAUGAAUUGCUUUCUACUUUGAAUGACUCUUCUCUUUUCGAAAAACAUCCUGAAUACAAGAAGGUGAUUCCUGUUGUCUCCAUUCCAGAGAGAAUCAUCCAAUUCAGAGUCACUUGGGAAGAUGAUAAUGGUGAGUUACAUGUCAAUAACGGUUAUCGUGUUCAAUUCAACUCUGCCUUGGGUCCUUAUAAAGGUGGUUUAAGACUUCAUCCUUCUGUCAAUUUGUCCAUUUUGAAAUUUUUGGGAUUUGAACAAAUUUUCAAAAAUGCAUUAACUGGAUUACCAAUGGGAGGUGGUAAAGGUGGUUCUGAUUUUAAUCCUAAGGGCCGUUCCGAUAACGAAAUUAGAAGAUUUUGUGUUGCAUUUAUGAGACAAUUGUCCAGAUAUAUUGGUCAAUUUACUGAUGUUCCAGCUGGUGAUAUUGGAACUGGUGGACGUGAAAUUGGAUAUAUGUUUGGUGCAUAUAAGCAAAUGCAAAACCAAUGGGAGGGUGUAUUAACUGGUAAGGGGUUGUCAUGGGGUGGCUCCUUGAUUAGACCAGAAGCUACUGGUUAUGGUGUCAUUUACUAUGUCGAAAAGAUGAUUGAAAAGGCAACCAAUGGUAAGGAAUCUUUCCAAGGUAAGAGGGUUGCCAUCUCCGGUUCUGGUAAUGUUGCGCAAUAUGCAGCAUUAAAGGCCAUUGAAUUGGGAGCAACUGUUAUCUCCUUGAGUGAUUCUCAAGGUACAAUUAUUAACCAACGUGGCAUCUCUGCAGAACAAAUCUAUGCUAUUCAAGAGGCAAAGGUUCAAUUCAAGUCAUUGAAGGACAUUAUCCAAUCUUAUGAGGCCUUCACCACCCAAUCCACCAAAUGUGAAUACUUACCAGGUGAGAGACCAUGGGUUCAUGUUGGAGCAAUUGACAUUGCUCUACCAUGUGCAACCCAAAACGAAGUUUCCGGUGACGAGGCAAAGGCACUUGUAGCUGCAGGAUGUAAGUACUUGGCUGAAGGUUCCAACAUGGGUUCCACCCAAGAAGCAAUUGAUAUCUUUGAGGCUGAACGUAAAUCUGCUUCUUCUAUUGGAUCUGCCAUUUGGUAUGCACCAGGUAAGGCUGCCAACUGUGGUGGUGUUGCAGUUUCCGGAUUGGAAAUGGCCCAAAACUCGCAAAGAGAGUCUUGGACACGUGAGGAAGUUGACCAAAAGUUGAAGGACAUUAUGGUUAACUGUUUUGACAAUUGUUACAAAACUUCUCUUGAAUACUCCACUGAGAAGAACACUGGUGCGCUACCUUCUCUCGUCAUGGGUGCCAACAUUGCCGGUUUUGUCAAAGUUGCCGACGCUAUGAAGGACCAAGGUGACUGGUGGUAA